AUGAUUGGUGGACUUUUUAUCUAUAAUCACAAGGGUGAAGUGCUAAUUUCCCGUGUCUACAGAGAUGACAUAGGGCGUAAUGCAGUGGAUGCAUUCCGUGUGAAUGUAAUCCAUGCUCGACAGCAAGUGAGAUCUCCAGUCACUAACAUUGCUCGCACCAGUUUUUUCCACAUUCGCCGAUCCAACAUUUGGUUGGCAGCUGUCACAAAACAAAAUGUCAAUGCUGCCAUGGUCUUUGAAUUUUUAUUGAAAAUGUGUGAAGUCAUGCAGUCCUAUUUUGGGAAAAUCUCUGAGGAGAACAUAAAGAACAACUUUGUGUUGAUCUAUGAGAUUUUAGAUGAAAUUUUGGACUUCGGAUAUCCACAAAACACAGAUACUGGAAUUCUGAAAACCUUUAUUACUCAGCAGGGUGUCAAAUCUCAGAGCAAAGAGGAGACAAGCCAGAUAACAUCACAAGUAACAGGCCAGAUUGGAUGGCGCCGAGAAGGUAUUAAAUACAGACGCAAUGAACUCUUUUUAGAUGUCCUAGAGUCUGUCAAUCUAUUGAUGUCUCCACAAGGUCAGGUUCUGAGUGCACAUGUUGCUGGUAAAGUUGUAAUGAAAAGUUAUUUGAGUGGAAUGCCAGAAUGCAAAUUUGGAAUUAAUGAUAAACUUUUAGUUGAUACAAAAGGCAAAGGUAAUCUUGAGGACAGUGGGCGCACAAGUGGAACCACUACAUCUGGUAAGAACUCUAUUGCAAUUGAUGAUUGCCAGUUCCAUCAGUGUGUUAAAUUAAGCAAAUUUGAGACUGAACACAGUAUUAGUUUCAUUCCACCUGAUGGUGAAUUUGAACUGAUGAGAUACCGAACAACCAAAGACAUUAAUUUGCCUUUCCGUGUAAUACCUUUGGUCAGGGAAGUUGGACGACACAAGAUGGAAGUUAAAGUUGUUGUAAAAUCAAAUUUUAAGCCUUCGUUAUUGGCUCAGAAAGUAGAAGUUCGUAUUCCCACUCCUCUUAAUACUAGUGGAGUACAAGUUAUUUGUAUGAAGGGAAAAGCCAAGUACAAAGCCAGUGAAAAUGCAAUUGUUUGGAAAAUAAAACGAAUGGGUGGCAUGAAAGAGUGCCAAUUAAGUGCUGAAAUUGAGUUACUGAAUACCAAUGAUAAGAAGAAAUGGACAAGGCCACCAAUCUCGAUGAAUUUUGAGGUGCCUUUCGCUCCAUCAGGCUUCAAAGUGCGUUAUCUUAAGGUUUUUGAAUCUAAACUGAACUACAAUGACCAUGAUGUGAUCAAAUGGGUGCGUUACAUUGGCAGGAGUGGACUGUACGAAACCCGCUGCUAG